AGCUGUAUCAUGUUUGAUGUAAACCAGACCUCGAUCGAUAAUGCGAUCCAUAUCGACAUGAUAAUGAGUUCCUUUGCAAGAUAUUUCCUUGUGAUUUUGAACAUCGUCAUCUUGUUUGUCAGCAUCGGAGGAAACACGAUCGUACUUUACGGGUCACUGGUGCACAAUGCUCUCAGAAUGGACAAGAUAACGCUACUGUUGGUGAAGAAUGUGGCCGUUUCAGACAUGUUGAUAGCACUUCUCUUCUACCUUCCAGCUCUGACGAAUCUCCUGCACGGAAGCUGGGUGUUGGGGUACGGGAUGUGCUUUAUUAACGGGUGGAUGAGUCUGGUGCCUAAUGUCGUGGAGAUAAUCACACUGGUGGUCCUGUCUUGCUACAGACUGUCACUUAUUGUCGGAGCAGUGAGUCGCUCAUUUCGCCACAACUUGAAGCCCUGGUAUGUUGGUCUUGCUGUUCUCUGGUUCUCCAUCACCAUCCUUCCCUUCUUCUUCUCCGCUCUGGACUUCUUACCGUGGUACGAUCCGUACACACAAUCCUGCAACUCAGCGAACAUGGCCAACGCACAACCGCCCAUCUACAAGAUUGCCCUAAUCGCCCUGCUGAACGUAUGCCUGAAUAUCUUCCCGAUGUUUGUCAUCACCACCACCAACAUCUUCAUCCUGAUAUCUAUCUACAAGACCUCUGCCAGGAUCGACAACAAGAUCAGCUACCGAGGCAGCAUCAAGGUCCCGGAGGCAAACAAAAAGAAGCACCUCCCCACCCGUACCAUCAAGGCGAUCCCUAUGAUCUGUCUAACCUUCAUCUUCUCCUACUUCCCCUACCUCAUAGCCUGCCUCAGUAACUUCGGAAUCUUCCUGCCCGCCUGGUGGCGUACCCUCUCCUUCUACUUUGCUGCUAUCAACAUAGUGUCCAACCCCCUGAUCUACGCAGCUGUCAACCUGGAGUUCAGGAAGUAUUGUUUCUCUCUGGUGGGGCUAGCUGAACUGAGUAGCGGGGACACCACCAACACUUUCUACAAGCCUGAUGGGAGUAGCAGUAUUAAGAGUGUACCUGAGCCUACCCCGCCUGAUAUGAAGAGUUACAUCACUUCGGAUGAUUAUGAAACUACUGCUGAUGAGAGCUGAGACUUUGAAGUGUGCUCUCCUUUUUAUUGUUGAUGUUUGUUUUCCAAAGUGGAACGAUUGAGCUGACCUUGAGUUUCUUGUGGGGUCAAUCCUUGAUGUUAGGCCCUACAUUGAGCUUUAUUUCAGAUAGUUUGAUCGUUUCACUUUGUUUGAAACAAUUUGCUCCUGUUCCUGGUAUUGAACCAGAAAUCAGUGAGCAUUUUGAAGACCUGAAACAGCCAGAUAACCAAAGCUUAAUACUCGCUAUAAAGCAAGCUUGUUGGAUGAUGUGAACAUUAAUCAGAACCGUCCGAAUAGUGGAUUAUUUACGGUGUCUAGUAGGUCAAUUGACUGGGCUGGAUGAAUUGAGACUAAAGUUCAUCAAGGACUACUAAGGAAUGGUUUAGGUUUCGGGCAUAUUGACGAAAAUAUUGCCUUCGUUCUUUUUUAUCUGUUUCUUAUCUUUACCAUUGUGUACUUUGAGAUAACUUUUUACUGAUGCCAUUAUGUUAGAACUAUUAUGUUCACAUUUUAUAUUUAGAAAACCGGCCUUGCUUGUACUCAAGUUCUUUUGAUGAAACCAGUGGCUCUAGUUUCAAUUUCGAAUGUGAACACUUUAGUCUCCGCAAAUAAUAAAUAACUUUUUAAUUUUCACAGUUUUUUUAUCACUCAAAUGGGGAAUGGAGAGCAUUUUAAUGAUGACAUUAGGAAUGAUUCUGACAGGCUGAUGAAAAAUACUUUGAUAUCUAUUUUUUUCCGAUUUCCUGAGAACAUUUUUGAAAUAUCAAGCGUAAUUACCAUAAUUAUGAUGUUAUUAAUUUUGAGAUAAAGUAUUUGGUGAUAAGAGUUAUGUUAUGAAGAAUAUUACCUGUCCGAGAUCCAUAAUCACAACAGCUGAGUUGUUGUUGUGGAAACUCUCGGGUAGAAUUAGGAGCGGGGCUUGUAUCUUCAACAGGAUAUCCCAUCUGAACAAUUUUACAAUAUUUUAAUCGAGAUAUUACCGAAUUUUUAUUUUAAAACUUUAUUGUCUGACGAGGUACAGCUUAAAGUUAGCUCAGGGAAGGCUUCAUAGAAGUGCUGAUCGUUUCUUAAAAGCCGUGAACGAGGACUAAUUCCCGUACCAUCCUGUACCGUGUUCUGUGCAUGAACUUUCUCGUUUUUACUGUUUGACUUUUGUAUUACUAAGAUUAUUUGAUAUUUUGUCGUAUUUAAACUUUUUUAGCUACAGCUGACAUUGUUUAUGUUCAGUCAUCCCGAUUUUCUGGUAUUUUGAGGAAUCUGCAAAACAGUGAGAACAAAAAGCAACAAGCAUGAUAAACCGAAGCAUGGAAAAUCGGGAGAAAAGCUAUGAAUAAUAUUUUGAUAUACCAUUUCAUUUCUUUAAGUUUUUGGACUCAUCAAAUACCAACUGUUUUGUAUUAUGUUUUUAUCAUCUGUUAGGUGCGUUUUUAUAAAAGAUGAAGGGAAAAGGGUAAAUAUUUGUUCGUUUUAGAUCUGUGUAAUUUUAUCAAAUAUUUGAACCAUCCUUACUUUUACACAUUUGAAAUAA